GUUGUUGCAAUUUUCAUUAAAGUUUGUGGGUUAUCUUUUUUUUUAAUUUAAUGUUUUUAGUCCCAAAGUUCAUAAAAUUUGGAACCAACUAUAAGUUGACAGUGCAGUUCCUGGUCUGGCCACAGGGGGCUGGCUUCACUUCAGGCUUUCAGGCUGCCUGCAGUUUUCUGCCUUAGCGGCUCCUGGAAAUGAGAUCCGACCCGUUCACGCGCCUCUCCUGCCUCCGCCUGAACCUGCUCUCUGACGACAGGCGGCGGGAGCGCCACGCGCGGACGCUCAUUUCCCCGCGGCGCCGCAGAGGAUGAGGACUCUGUGAUGUUCAACGGAAAGUACUCCCCCACGCGGCCCGCGGCCCCAGACGACUCCCCGCUGGGCGUCCAGGCGCUGUUCGUCCAGAAGUCGCGGCUGACUCCUCCGCACGAGGCCCCGGAGGCGACGUGGCCGCCGCCGGGGGCCAAGAUGCGGUUCCCCAAAGCCAACAAGGGCGCCAUGGUGGUGCGGCCGGUGCGCCGGCACCCCUCCUUGCCGUCCACCGACGGUGACACCGAGAGCCGGGACGCCGCAUGGGGGGAGGGACGGAAGCCGAAACCGAGGAGCUACAACGGCAGGAACGGGGCAGAAGCGUACGAGGGCGGACCGCACCGGGGCAGGAAGAAGAGCUUCCGGCCCCCGGACGUCAGGACCAUCUUCAACCCAGGAGAGAGGGACCCCCGCGUGAAGGAAGAGUCUGGGGAGGGACACACGUUCGAGCCCGGGGAGUUCACCUGGUGUGACGUCUGCUGCGCCUUCAUCCUGCAGGGUGGGCUCACCUGUACAGGCUGCAGGUAUGCAUGUCACGCUGCCUGUCGGAACAAAGUGUCGCUCGACUGUCAUCCCGUCAGCCAGGACCGGCUCAACAACAACAACAACACCCCCGCGCCGCUCCAUGAUGUGGAGAAGGAGCGGGAGCAGCGCAGAGAGUUCAGCACGGAGGAGAUCCGGCAGAAGAUCGAGGCGUACAACUCCAUGACCAAAGACCACCUGAAGAUGACGCUGGGAUCCCACGGCGAGUACACCGGGUUCAUCAAAGUCCUGAUGGACCUGAGGCGGCCCGUGACUGUGCGGGGGGGCCAUAAAGGGGCUACGGUGGCUGAGGAGGCCUUCUACCUCCCACAAGAAGUCAACAUGAUCCUGCACAUCAGCUCCAAUCACACAGCCAGACAGGUGGUCGGCGCUCUUUUAGGGAAGUUUAAAGUGGUCGACAACCCGGCGAAGUACGCGCUCUACAAACGCUGUCGAAGGGAAGAGCAAGUGUACGUGUGUAAGCUGGCGGAGGCCGAGUGUCCGCUGUAUCUCCGUCUGUUGGCCGGACCGGACCAGGACUCGCUCAGCUUGGUUCUGAGGGAGCAGCAGACCGGAGAAGUCAUGUGGGACGCCUUUUCCAUCCCGGAGCUGCGAAACUUCCUGCUGAUUCUCGACAAAGAGGAGCAGGAGCAGAAGGACGCGCUCAUUCGCCGCUACACACUUUACCGGAAGAGACUUGAAGAAGCCAUCAGGCAGCACAGAGUUUAGCCUCUGCGAAAGCGAACUGCUGCCCCCUGUGGGGUCGGAGGAGGCGCCGUUCAAUCUGUGAGCGUUGGAGAAGAGGAAGUGCCUGGAAGGUGGGAUGAAACGGAGGAACGUCGAAGGACGGAUGAGCAGAACAGACGGAUGUUUCGCCAAAGACUGACUCCACUGUGCCAAACGGAUCCAUCCUCUCUGUUCAUCCCUCUUUUCUUUUCCACACUGUCCUGCUGUCGUUUAAUUUAUGCACUUCUUCUGGUCCCUUCUUCUCUUAUACUUUAAACUUGUGAAAGACUGGAGGCCAAAUGUUGGGUUGUUUUAAUUUAAUUUGUUUGUUUUAAAGGUCUGUACAGAUUUUUAUUUAUGUGGGUGGAGCCUUUUUUUGUUUUCGUGGUUUUUCUUUAUUUUUUUUUUUACAAAAGUCUUAUUUUAUUUUAUCUUAAGCAGAUGGAGAACAAUUUAUCUACAAGAUGGAAAGAAACCGGAAUCAGACAACAGCUUAGGAAAAGUUCUGGUUUUAAAUCAUAAACGGAGACAAAAUGUAUUUGUGUUUUGCACAAUGAGACCAGAAAUAACAAAACACCUGAAAUGUCAAAUAAUUCUCAUUUUCUUUAAAGCAACAUUAUUCCCUGGUUUUCAUUAAAUCAUACGGAAUUCCAAUUAUGCCAAAAUAUACUUUUGUUAUCUGGUCUUUAUCAUAAAUUAAACAUAUAUUAUAAGUCUAAAAAUAAUUUUACUUUUAGUUAUGUGAACAAGAAUAUUAGAUUUAAAACAUUUUUGAAAAACUCAAGAAACAGAAAUUCUAUAUUUUUAUUAUAUACAUUAAAUUGACCCUUUUUCCUCUUGUAACUAUUGGGAAAUUAUUUUUUUUCCACCAAAAAAAUUAGUGCUCCAUUUUAUUGUUUACAUUCUUGAGAUCAACAAGACUUUUUUUUGUAAAUCAGGCUUAAAGCAGCACAUAAGACUGUUUUAUUGUCGUAUUAUCUUUUUUUUUGUAAAUCAUUUUAUGAAUAGGGAAUGAAGACGGGUUUACAUAAUGUUUUCAUACACUGAAAAAUUAAAUAAGCUGCAAAUUGGGGAAAUAUUUACCCUAAUGUUUUCUUCGUUAAAAAAAAGGCUUUAUAGAUAUUUUAUUUAGUAUUGUUAUUUUUGUUAGACAUUGAUUUUGGAAUGCUUCUUACUCCAUACGUAACCACAGAUGAAGGUACAGAGGAACCUGGAGCGUCACGUUUGUGGUUAAAGUGACUGAAAAUGACCUUUUGGCGUUGGGUACUGUCACGUGAUCAAAGCACUAAAGGUUUGUGGGCUCAGGAAGCUGUUUGUGGUGACAUGAGACGGGUUUUCGGAGGUUGUCGGGAUGGUUCGGAGUAUGUAGUUGAAGUUUAGAUGAAAGAGAAGCAGACGAAGAGCGGCAUUAAAGUUUAUGAGCGGCCUCUGGGCUGAUGAGGGGGUUGUCCUCCACCCACCAGUCCCUUUUUAAUUAAUCCCCACUUUAUUGCAUUUGUGGUUUUAAAGGAACGGGAUCUGUGGAGGAGCUGAUGGAGCGGGAACACGAGGCCGCUUGGUUGCUCUCAACUCGUCUGUCUGCAGCCGUUCUGAGGUCAAACGUGCAGCUUUGACCUUUGGAAAAACAAAGAAAGGAGGGAAAAAAUUGAAGAUAAAAUCUCAGAAAGUGAAAUGGAAGGUGCAAAACUGUAAAGUGUUUGAGUGUAGUACAUGUAGCUCGCUCACGCAGAAGGUCCUCUUGGUUCUGUUGCUUCUCACUUCACACUAAAAAUUGCCUUUUUUGUCCUAUUUUUUAGCUUUUUGUUCACAGAAAACUCUGACAAUCAUUUAAAAUGUUUCUGGUGUUUGCAGCUGCUGAAUGACGUCAGACUGACGGUGCUGCAGCACCGCUGUGCAACAUCGCCAUCUAGUGUGUAAAUACUGCAACUUCUCCCUCAUUUGUGUCCUUUUGCUUUUACAACCAAAGAUAUUUUCGUGGUCUUGCCUGGUGCAAAAGUAUUCUAGAGGCCUCUUCCCACUGGAGGGAAAAUCUGAAAAUGUUUUAUUUAUAGAUUUUUUCUUUUUUUUUUUAAAGAUUUAUUCUUCUAACACUGGGUUUGUUUUGUUUUUGCAAAGAGCUUCAAAGAUUUGCAUUUUCCAGGUGUUUGAACACCAAAGCCUUAAACCUUAAGUGCAGAUUUAAAGGACAAUCGUGUAGCAUCAUGGGAAAUGUAGUGUCCUUAGGGGAUUUGGCCCCUUGGGGAGCUGUUAUUGCUGAAACUCUUUUCAUUUUUUUGUGUAAAAAUUCUGUGACACAAAUUUAUCUCUGAAAAUUCUAACCCAAUGUUUUGAAUCCCAACACAAACUAUUUACUUGUGAACAUUUGCUUCCAACCAAUCCUGUAAAAGUUACAAUAAUUGAUACUUAAACUUGUAAAUUUAAUUUUCACAAAUGUCCAACACUAAAGAAUCUCAGUUGCUUGUUGGAAUAAAAACCAAAUGAAUUUCU